UAUGAGUCAUUGAAAAAAUUUAAAUAGAAAGAUCAGUUAGAUAACAAUGUUUGAGAUCAGACAUAAGUUUAUUAAAGUAUUACAACAUAAAAUAAGAUAGUGAUUUUAAUAAUAAUUUUACUGAUUUUUUCAAGAAAUUUUACGCAAGCGCGUCAAAGACAAAAGUAAUGUUGAAAACGCCAUUGAAUAUCAGGGUGUUCUAUGAAAACAGGAAGUCCAAGAGGGGUUGGAAUAUGGUUUAGAUGGGUGAGUGUUACUACACAAGGGUGAACUUUGAAAGAGAAGGAAUAGAGUGAGAGGGAAUGCCAGUAAAAAGUGACAGAUGUCCUGGCGAAUGACGCAUGGCAUACUCAGUUACUGCUCUUUCAAAAACAGUUCAAGUGCUGUCUGUGAUCGCCAUACUAUCAGAAAAAAAAAUGGAUUAGCGGUCAAUUUAUUACAAAAACUUACUCCAAGUAAUAAUAUGAAAGGCCGGUAAAUUAAUACUCUGAAGUGUCAAUCGCUUUGCAAGUACGAGUGAUAUUUUUCUCUUUUAUCUUAUUUUAGUUCACAGACUGGUUCCUUGGGUAUAGAAGCUCGCGUUUAUUUUUUCCUCACGCCUUUUUGCCAUGUUUCUGCGUCGGUGCUCCUGCAAAAGAAGAGCCUGUUACCUUUCUCUUUCCCUCCGGCGUUGAAGAGGCAUAAAAAAAUAAAUCGCGCAGGUGUAAUCGAGUGAAACAGUGAGGUGAGGGAUGUGCGAGAUAUCGAAAAGUCAGAGAAGGACGUAUCGUGACCAAGAUCCACCUCGAAUCUUAGAAACCAACGGUGACGACGACGCACCAGCGGCGCCUGAGCGAGCCGUUUCGACCGAAGGAGAAUUCUUCAGGAAGCAUCAGCAGAGGUGGGAAGAGGCGUCGAUCACGGCCGAUGUUGCUCACAGAGUAGAUUCCACGGUCAGUACCGAACGAGACAACGUGAGUGUAAGUGUAGACGUAGUAGAAGGAACUCCAGAAGAAAAUAACAUCAUUAAAGUGCCUUCUUUAUCAUCAACAUCAUUGUCAUUAUCACCAGCAUCAUCAUCAUCAUCUACCUCAACAUCCGGGAUUGUUGCCAAAGCGGUGAUUACCAACGGCGUCAAACGAGACCUUGACAGCUGUGAGUCUUUGACAAACGGUAAGGAGAUGGCUCCAAUGAUGGGAGUUCCUCCACCACCGCCAGCUCCUCAUAUGGGUCCAGAUGGUCUCAUUCUACCCCGUAAGCCUUAUAACCCGUGCCUGAUUUCCAAUAACCACAAGGACCUUCGCAGAGAAUUGCUAUUCAAUCAGAAAAUAGGAAAAAAUGUUCUUAAUCAAAAGAGUGAGCUUCAGAGAGCUUUGGAAAAACAACGGGAGGCAGCAGUAAGAAGAGAAGCUGAAAGACUUCGAGAAGAAGUUUAUAAAGAUGAUCCUAGGACAGCUUUACAGAGAGCUCUUGAACAAAGAGCCAGACAAAUUGAACUUAUGGAACACCCACAGAGUACAGAGCCACAACCAAACCUACUGGUAACCGCAAGAGCAAAAUUACGGACACGCACAGAUUCUCAAUGAAAUAAAAAAUCGAUUGCUUAUCUGAUUGAAUUGUUACACUCUCUCCUAAGGAAGAGAGAACUUAUAGAACUAAUCGUGUGUUUACGGUUGUAUAGUUAAUUUUUGACAUUUUUCUAAUCAAGAUUUUUAACCGUGUAUAUAAAAAAA